CUGGCAAAUAUUUUGUAUAUCCUCUCUCCUACACCAGGAGAAGAUGUCGAAGAAAUAGCUUGCACUCAGAAUGGCCAGAUGUACCUGAACAGGGAUAUUUGGAAGCCCUCACCGUGCCAAAUUUGCGUCUGCGACAACGGAGCCAUCCUUUGCGAUGAAAUCCAGUGUCAAGAUGCGCUGGAGUGUGAGAACCCGCAGGUGCCCCCAGGAGAGUGCUGUCCCGUCUGUCCCCACACCACGCGUGACUUCGAUGGCACCAUUGGUAGAGGAAGAAAGGGACAAAAAGGAGAACCUGGAAUAGUGCCACCUGAAUCCGAGGCCGCCCGGGACCAGCCGGACCUCCAGGCUCACAAGGACCACGAGGAGAACGAGGACCAAAGGGAAGACCUGAGAGAGCAAGCCAAUGCUGAGUUUAGCCAGCCUAAAACCGACUCCUUUGUGCUGUCGUUCCUCCAGCGUGUGCCUGUUGUCCGUAGAUGUUUAAAAUACUUCAUGGAGCAGGGUCCUCGUGGUCCUCAAGGGAUUGAUGGUGAACCUGGUAUCCCUGGCCAGCCUGGUGACCCUGGUCCUCCAGGCCAUCCUACCCACCCAGGACCAGAUGGACUAAGCAGGCCCUUUUCAGCUCAGAUGGCAGGACUGGAUGAGAAAUCCGGACUUGCGAGUCAGAUGGGCCUGAUGCCUGGCUCGGUGGGUGGUGCUGGCCCCACAGGCCCACCUGGAGAACCUGGGGAUCCAGGACCUAUGGGUCCGGUUGGUUCUCGUGGACCAGAGGGACCUCCGGGCAAACCUGGUGAAGAC